AUGGGAAGAGGGAGAGUUGAAUUGAAGAGGAUAGAGAACAAAAUCAACAGGCAAGUCACCUUCGCCAAACGAAGAAAUGGACUUUUGAAGAAAGCUUACGAGCUUUCUGUUCUUUGUGAUGCUGAAGUUGCUUUGAUCAUCUUCUCCAAUAGGGGAAAGCUGUACGAAUUUUGUAGUAGCUCAAGCAGCAUGCUAAAGACACUCGAGAGGUAUCAAAAAUGUAACUAUGGAGCACCUGAGACAAAUGUGUCAGCGAGGGAGGCACUGUUAAGUAGUCAACAGGAGUAUUUGAAACUUAAAGCACGUUACGAAGCACUACAACGGUCCCAAAGGAAUCUUUUGGGCGAGGAUCUUGGCCCUUUAAGCUGCAAGGAGUUGGAGUCACUAGAAAGGCAACUUGAUACAUCUCUAAAACAGAUCAGAUCAGCCCGGACUCAGUUCAUGUUGGAUACACUUACCGAUCUUCAGAAAAGGGAGCAUGCACUAAACGAAGCAAAUAGAACCUUGAAGCAAAGGUUGAUGGAAGGAAGUCAAGUCCAUUGGCAUCCACAAGAAAUGGGAUACGACAGGCAACAUGAAGCUCAACAUCAAAGUGAUGAAGCCUUCUUUCAUCCACUCGACUGUGGACCCACUUUACAAAUUGGGUAUCAAACGGAUCCAUUAGCAGCAGCAGCAGCAGCAGGACCAAGCUCCAAUAAUUACAUGCAAGGAUGGUUUCAGUGA